CAGGACGACGAGCGGUCGCGCUCGCGCUCGCGCUCGCCGAAGCGCCUCGGCGCCGCGGCGCGCGGCCGCGGCGUGCCGCCGGCGCUGCGUGCUCAGCUGCGCGAUGAGCAGCAGCGGCAGCACUACGACUUGUCCAGCGACGGCAGCAGUGCCUUGGCGCGCGGCAGCCGGCCGUCGCCCGCGACUGCGAGCUCGGACGAGUUCGCGGCAGCGGCGGCGCCGACGGAGCACACGCGCCUGCUGCCGCCCGGCGCCGCGCCGCGCCGGCGCAGCAGCGGCAUGCUGGAGGCGCAGCAGCGGCGCGCCAGCUAUGCCAAGUCGUCGGGCAUGAGCUCGGGCGCGCGCUUUGCCGCACAGGGCUACGGCUCCAGCACGUUCUGGCAGAGCUGGUUCAACACGGUCAACGCGCUCGUCGGCGUCGGCAUUCUCGCGCUGCCGUUGGCGCUGGCGUAUGCCGGCUGGGUCGCGGGCAUUGGCCUCUUUCUGCUCUCCGGCCUGCUGACCAACUACACGGGCAAGCUGCUGGCGCGCAUCAUGGCGCAGGAGCCGAGCGUGCGCACGUACGCCGACAUUGGCGCCUAUGCCUUUGGCGCGCGCGCGCGUCUCGUCGUCAGUGCCUUUUUCUGCCUCGAGCUCUGGGCCGUCGCCACGGCGCUCGUCAUUCUCUUCGGCGACAGCACGCACGCCCUCGUGCAGGCGGCCGCGCGCGCCGGCCACGGCACGCUCGGCCUCGAGGCGUGGGCGCCGGCGGGCUUCAAGGCGCUCGGCCUCGCCAUUGUGCUGCCGAGCGUGUUCCUGCCGCUGCGCUUCUUGAGCCCGAUCUCGGUCGUGGGCAUCGUCAGCAUCAUCACGCUGUUCAGCGUCGUGCUCAGCGACGGCAUCGUCAAGCGCGAGGCGCCCGGCUCGCUGUGGCAGCCGGCGCCGACGAGCGCGUGGCCCGACUGGCAGAAGGUGCCGCUGAGCUUCGGGCUGAUCAUGAGUGGCUUUUCGGCGCAUCCCAUCAUACCCAGUCUCAACAAGGACCUCAAGGACCCGCGCCACUUUCCCCUCAUGCUCGAUCUCGCCUACGUCGCCGCGACGGCCAUCUACCUGAGCAUGGGCGUCGUGGGCUACCUGCUCUUCGGGCGCCACGUCAGCUCCGAGAUCACGCAGGACCUCUCGCGCACGCCCGGCUACCCCGCGGUGCUCAACAAGAUUGCCAUCUGGAUGAUCGUCGUGUCGGCGCUGAGCAAGUUUGCCCUCGCCGUGCGCCCCAUCAACACGACCGUCGAGCUGCUGUUCGGCCCGCCGGCGCCGGAUGCCGACGGCUCCACGACGCCUGUGGCGCGUGCCGAAGACGUCAACCCGCUCGCCGGCUCGGCCAUCUCGCUGCGCGCCGGCGCGGCGACGGCGGCGUGGGCGCCGCGCUCGCGCGCCGCCGUGCGCGCGGCACUGCGCAUCGCCAUUGCCGCCCUCGUCGGCCUCACGGCCAUCGUGCUGCCGGGCUUCGAGAAGGUCAUGGCCUUCCUCGGCGCCUUUCUGGCGUUUAGCACGUGCGUUUUUGGGCCCGUCAUCGCC